AUGCUCACCACCUACCGGAGCAAGCCCUUCAACCUCGAGGCCAAGUACCUGCAGGAGGCGGCGGUGACCCACGCGGACCUGCAGCCGGGCAGCUUCACGGUGAACAAGGUUAUCUCCGCGGCCGGGGGCGAGGCGUUCAGGAUCAAGGAGAAAGUGCGUCGCAACCUGCGGUACAUCUUCUCGGUGGUGCCCGCCUCGGACCGCAAGCCCGACGGUCGACAGGCAAGUGCUGGGUGUGCAAACGAUGGCUACCUAGCGGUGGCGGGGGCGGCGACUGGCGAAGGGGCACCCCCGACCCAGGGUGGAGACCCCAACAAAGUGGCCGAGGGCGAACCUGUCAAGAAGGAGGAUUGGCCCAGCCCAAAAGAGAAGCAAGCCAAGGCCACAGAGCUCCCGGUUGGGGGCCGGGUGCCGCCUCUGAGAGCCUUCGAGAUGGACCAGCUUGUAGAGCGCGAGGUCCACAUGGUCCACACGGACCGCUUAAAGAAGGAGCGACUGCUUUGUCAAGCGAUGAUUUUUGCUUAUUUGCUCUCGGUUGAUAUCUCCAACAUACAUGUUGCUCCGAAAGGUAUCCAGGGUGAAAACAUCGGAAUCCCUGGCCCCAUGCUGUUCCACUUGCAUUACUUGAAGCCCUACAGGCGUCACCGACGGGUGGUGACGAGGACAUUGUUGCUGCUCGCAGCUUUCAUCCUGUUGUUUUAUUUGAGCUUAUCAGGUGUCCUCGAACGUCUGCGAGAGACGCCAUACUCUGACUACUCUUAUCCUCCAGAAAUCGAUCUCAAAUACCUGCUGCGGUCGCUCAAGACGGGCAGAGAACCCGCGGCCUACAGAGUUCAGAAUCACUACGAGCGGUACGUCUUCAAGAUCAGCAACGAACUCAAGUGUCACGUUUCACAAAACCGGACGUCCAUACUGAUCGUCGUCAAGUCUGCCGUAGCCCACCAGUCACUUCGAGACUCGAUCCGCCAGACCUGGGGACAAGAGUACCGCUUCAAGGACGUAGACCUCCGACGUGUGUUUAUGGUUGGUGUGAAUGCCAACGAUGAAACCGCACAGAGCGCCUUGGACGACGAGCAUGCCCACCACGGUGACCUCGUACAGGCGGACUUCGUCGACACCUACUACAACAACACCAUCAAGAUGAUGCUCUCCUUCCGCUGGGUCCUGGAGCACUGCACUGACGUCCAGUGGAUAUUUUUCGCUGACGAUGACUAUUAUGUGUCCGCAAAGAACCUCGUCCAAUUCCUCCAAGACUCAAUGAACCCGAGAGAUCGGCACUUGGUGGGCUACGUCUACGACGAAGCGGCGCCGUACAGGGCCUACUUGAACAAGUGGUACGUGUCCUUGUCCGAAUACCCCUUCAACCGGUACCCUCCGUUUCCGGUAGGUGGUUCGAUCGUGAUGUCGAUGCCUGCGCUUACCGAGCUCUACCAUAUGGCCCGGUACACGCGACAUUUUCGUCUAGACGACGUCUUUCUGGGCAUCGUUGCAAGAAAGGUUGGACUGCGGCCAAUGCACAGUGACAAGUUUCGUGACAAGAACCAGCCCAAGUUGCCCGAAGACUUUGUCGGCAUUGUGGCUGCUCAUGGAGUUUAUGACAAAUACCACAUGGUUCAAAUCUGGGAACAACAGAAACGCUUAGGACACGCGUGAUGCUGCUCUCACCCCUGUGCAGAAGUAUAAAACGAAGAUUAGCUAUC